ACCACAGAAUCUGCACAGCGAAUGCGUUUAAAGUGCGAGCGGUUUAUCUUGUCCAAAACCAAAAUUAUGUAACCUUUUCCAGUUGUUACUUCAAUGGCUUUUGGUCUAGAAUGUGCUUUCCUGUAGUUUGUAAAUGUUCUCACCGCGUCAGAGUGAGCACCCAUCAAUAGAAUUUAAGUGUGAAUGUUUGGUUUUAGGCACACGAAGCCUCACAUCACCAACAGCAGGCAGCACAGAACAGUUUGUUGCCUCUCCUGAGCUCUGCUGUUGAGCCACCCGAUCAGAAGCCGAUUCUGCCCUUACCAAUAACGCAGAAACCUCAGCCUGCACCAGAAACAUUAAAGGAUGCUAUUGUUGGGAUUAAAAAGGAAAAACCUAAAACCUCCUUUGUGUGCACUUACUGCAGCAAAGCUUUCAGGGACAGCUACCAUUUGAGGCGUCACGAGUCCUGCCACACAGGGAUAAAGUUAGUGUCACGGCCAAAGAAAACUCCCACCACAAUGGUGCCCCUUAUCUCGACCAUCGCUGGUGACAACAGCCGAAGUUCAUUGGUUUCGACUAUCGCAGGCAUCCUGUCCACAGUCACUACGUCUUCCUCUGCCACCAACCCCAGCAGUAGUGCCGGCGCAACGCCUAUGGCAGUGACUCAGACGGUGAAGAAGCCCAGCAAGCCCGUCAAGAAGAACCACGCUUGUGAGAUGUGCGGAAAGGCCUUCAGGGAUGUCUACCACCUCAACCGGCACAAGCUGUCCCACUCAGAUGAAAAACCCUUUGAAUGUCCCAUUUGCAAUCAGCGCUUCAAGAGAAAGGAUCGCAUGACCUACCACGUGAGGUCUCACGAAGGUGGCAUCACGAAACCAUACACCUGUGGUGUUUGUGGAAAAGGCUUCUCGAGGCCUGAUCAUUUAAGCUGUCACGUUAAACAUGUUCACUCAACAGAGAGACCCUUCAAAUGCCAAACGUGCACUGCUGCCUUUGCCACCAAAGACAGACUGCGGACACACAUGGUGCGCCAUGAAGGAAAGGUAUCGUGUAAUAUCUGUGGUAAACUUCUGAGUGCAGCAUAUAUCACCAGCCACUUAAAGACACACGGGCAGAGCCAAAGUAUCAACUGUAAUACCUGUAAACAAGGCAUCAAUAAAAGCAUAGCAUGCAUGAGUGAAGAGACCAGCAAUCAGAAGCAGCAACAGCAGCAGCAGCAACAGCAGCAACAACAGCAGCAGCAACAACAACAACAACAGCAGCAGCAACAACAACAACAGCAGCAACAGCAGCAGCAGCAGCAACAUGUAACAAGUUGGCCUGGAAAGCAGGUAGAGACCCUGAGAUUAUGGGAAGAGGCCGUCAAAGCAAGGAAGAAAGAAUGUCAGUUCACCUUUGAGAAGGCUAUAGAGUACGUACCAUUCGAAGCUGCUAACUUGUGCCAAACCUCCACUGCUGCUACUACGCCUGUGACUCUUACUACUCCAUUCAAUAUAACGUCCUCUGUGGCUUCUGGGACUAUCACAAACCCAGUCACAGUGGCAGCUGCAAUGAGCAUGAGAAGUCCAGUAAAUGUAUCAAGUGCAGUUAAUAUAUCCAGUCCGAUGAACCUAGGGCAUCCUGUAACUAUAACAAGUCCAUUAUCCAUGACAUCUCCAUUAACGCUCACCACACCAGUCAAUUUACCUACCCCAGUAACCGCUCCAGUGAAUAUAGCGCAUCCAGUCACUAUAACAUCUCCCAUGAACCUCCCCACACCAAUGACGUUAGCUGGUCCGUUAAAUAUAGCAAUGAGACCAGUAGAGAGCAUGCCUUUCCUGCCCCAGGCCUUGCCCACGUCUCCUCCCUGGUAAAGAAUUUCUAAACAGUAUUAAAAAGGAUUAAAAUGGAAUCCUUACCAGCAGUUCUUUUUUGGGUUUUGUUUGGUUGGGUUUUUUUUUUUGUUGGGUUUUUUGUUUCGUUUUUUUGUUUUGUUUUAGUUAAUAAUAAAUUCAGACUAAGACACUGGGGCAACAUGCACCAUCAGAGACCAUAGUCGCAUCUUCCCCUGUUGAUUUGGCUCAUAUGGUUCAAACUUGAGUUUCACUGGAGCACUUCAUUUAAAGUAAGUUUUACCUUUUAGCUGACUGAUGCUGAAUUAGAGCAGAUACUUAUUUGCCAGAGUUUAAAAAAAAAAAAAAGUCAUUAAAAAACAGUUUUAUGUUUUAUCCCCCAAAUUAUAACUUAGAAAAUUAUUUUAAUCUAAACACUAGCAAAGACCCCUCUGUACCUUUUAACAGGGUGGAUGGCUAAUUUUAACUUGCCAGUCGUUAAGUCCACUGUUUCUGAGCUAGUGUAGAAUCUUUGUCUGUGUUGAUGUUUUUUUUUAUGAGUAAAUGCAUUACAAUGUUGUCAUUUUAAAAAAAAUGCAUUUUGGAGAAAAUAUGCAUUUUACCUUUGGGAAUAUGAUAAUUUCAGGCAGCAUUCCCUAUGGGAAAGGUGAUACCAGCUCUGAUAUGCAAAGCAUAUGAUAACUUAUCAUUCUAACUUCAACAUAUAAUAGGGAUUGUGACCUGAUAUUUGGAGAUGUAAAUAUUACCCAACAUAUUACCCUAAGGGAAUAUAGCAUUGUAGUCAACAUUUUUUUUAAAAAAACUGUUAUUGUUUGGUGAGAAACAGCCAUGGCUGACAGAAGAGGAGUUGAAAUGUAUGUAAACAUGGUCUCUCAACAGUCAGACCCCUAUGGGACUCUUAUCUAGGAGCAAAAGGAGUGCUUUGAAACUUAAGAAAUAUUGCUUUAAGCUGGAAGAUUCUGGAGGCACUGGGUAUGAUUUUUAUGCCCUCUGCCUCCCAAUCAGAGCCUGCUGGUGUUACAGCAGGGGACAGACGUGUUAGUUGUUCACUAGAAGUUUUGUCUUAUAUUAAAUUGUAUACAGUUUUUAUUCUAACCACUAACUAGGUAGGAUGCCCCUCCAGGACAAGCAGAGAGCGUCUUUUAAUUUCUCCCCUAUUUCUUAAUCAAGUGUUGUGCAAAUCUGUUCAACUUUGUAAAUAUUUGCAAACAUCAUCAUUUUUACGUUAUUCUUCUAUUGUGUUAACACAUUUCUAUCAAUUUGUGGGAGUUCUGGGGUGAUGGUUUGAACUAUCCAGCCCAGAACUUCUCUACAAAUGGUCACACAUGUUUAAGCUACAUGUGCUUUUUAUUUCUUAACCUGUUUAUCUGUACAUAAAGUAGAAAGCAAAAUCUAGGGAAACAGAUAUACUUUUUAGACUAUCAUGUCACAUAUUCACGUUUUUAAAACUUUGUUUAAAAAAAAACCACCCUAAACCCAAGACUCUACAUUAAAAAUAAAUAAAUAAAAUUACAGUUGAGAUGUUUUUAUCUUAAUGAAGUUGAAAGCUAUGGAGAUUAGCGUGUGCGCAUUUUCACAGAGUGCUAGCAGGACUGACUAGUCAAAAUGGACUGCUUCCGUUUCUACCCUGCCGUGUCAGUACAAGCAGUGAUUGCCAGGCUGCUGGCUCAGGUGACAGGUAUCUGUAUCAUUACGUGAAACUGUUCUAGGGGCUUGGACUACAUAGUACAACAAAAACAAAAAAAAAAAUAGAGCUUAGUGUAAAAUAAUUUUAUAAAUGAUCUUUUGUACUUUAGGACAUCAAAUUGUACAACUUUUGUAUAUAUAAAAGCUUAGGAACUUUCUGUUUAGCAGAAAGGAAACACAUUCCUACACUUUUAAUGUAUAUGUUUGUUAUAAUGUCCAUGUAAACAUAUGCCCUAUGUUUGUGCCUUUUAAUUAGUUUGUCUCAAUAAACAAAAAUGUAGAGAAGAA